UGUCAACGGUUAUGGAGAAAGAAAAAGAGGAAGAAGGAGGAGAAGAAGAAGUGUCACCAAUUGAGCAAGUGAGACUGACAGUUACUAACAGUGAUGAUCCAAGCCAACCAGUUUGGACAUUCCGAAUGUGGUCCCUUGGCCUCUUUUCUUGCUGCCUCCUAUCAUUCCUCAACCAGUUCUUUGCUUACCGGACGGAGCCACUCAUCAUAUCGCAGAUCACCGUCCAGGUAGCCACCCUCCCCAUCGGUCAAUUCAUGGCCGCGGUUCUCCCCACCACCGAGUUCGGCAUUGGCUCCUGGAAGUUCUCCUUCAACCCUGGACCAUUCAACAUGAAGGAGCAUGUCCUCAUCACCAUCUUUGCCAACGCUGGUAGCGCCUUCGGCUCCGGUUCACCCUAUGCCGUCGCAAUUGUCACCAUCAUCAAAGUAUUUUAUGAGAGGAAGAUCUCCUUCUUUGCUUCAUGGCUUCUCAUCAUCUCUACCCAGGUGUUAGGAUACGGCUGGGCAGGGUUGCUAAGGAAAUACGUGGUAGAGCCCGCUCAAAUGUGGUGGCCUAGCACUCUCGUCCAGGUUUCUCUUUUCCGAGCUUUGCAUGAGAAAGACGAGCGCAGAGUUUCACGGGCAAAGUUCUUCUUUAUAGCAAUGGUGUGCAGCUUUGCAUGGUACAUUGUCCCCGGCUACCUGUUCUCCACACUCUCAAGCAUUUCAUGGAUGUGCUGGGCAUUUCCCAAGUCCAUCACCGCCCAGCAGAUCGGCUCAGGGAUGAAGGGCUUAGGACUUGGAGUCUUUACUCUUGACUGGACUGUCAUCGCCUCCUUUUUGUACAGUCCUCUCAUCUCUCCUUUCUUCGCCAUUGUCAACGUCUUCAUCGGCUAUUCGCUCAUUGUCUACGGUGUCAUCCCUAUUGCUUACUGGGCCUUCAAUGUCUACAAUGCACACAACUUCCCCAUCUUCUCCUCUGACUUGUUCACCACUCAAGGCCAACAAUAUGACAUACGUGCUAUUGUCAAUGACAAGUUUCAGAUCGAUUAUGAAAAGUAUUACAAGCAAGGUCCUAUUCAAUUAAGUGUCUUUUUUUCUCUUACUUAUGGAUUUGGAUUUGCUACUAUAGCCGCCACCCUUACUCAUGUCGUUUGCUUCUAUGGAAGCGAGAUUAUGGGGAAAUAUCGUGCUUCUUCCAAGGGUAAAGAAGAUAUCCACACAAGACUGAUGAAAAGAUACAAAGACAUACCUUCAUGGUGGUUCUAUGUGUUGCUGGCUUUGACGCUUCUAGCUUCUCUCUUACUAUGCAUCUUAGGGAAAGAACAGGUUCAGAUGCCCUGGUGGGGACUUGUAUUUGCUUCUGCCUUGGCCUUUAUUUUUACUCUCCCAAUCAGCAUCAUAACUGCCACCACAAACCAGACACCAGGGUUGAAUAUUAUUACUGAGUAUAUAUUUGGACUUAUUUACACCGGAAGACCAAUAGCAAAUGUGUGUUUCAAAACCUAUGGUUAUAUUAGCAUGGCUCAGGCUGUCUCUUUCCUUGCUGAUUUCAAGCUUGGCCACUACAUGAAAAUCCCUCCAAGAUCAAUGUUCUUAGUUCAGUUCAUUGGUACAAUUCUUGCUGGAACCAUCAACAUUGGUGUAGCAUGGUGGUUACUGACUUCAGUGGACGGUAUAUGUCAUCCUGAAAACCUUCCCCUCGGCAGUCCAUGGACAUGUCCUGGUGACCGUGUUUUCUUCGAUGCAUCGGUUAUCUGGGGUUUAGUUGGACCUAAGAAGAUCUUUGGUUCCAAAGCAGACUACCAUGCACUAAAUUGGUUUUUCUUUGGAGGUGCAAUGGGCCCUAUAAUUCUUUGGCUAUUGUAUAAGGUGUUCCCCAAGUAUUCAUGGAUUCCCUUGAUUAACCUUCCAGUCCUCUUGGGAUCAACUGCAGUGAUGCCACCCGCAACAGCAGUGAACUUCAAUUCCUGGAUUGUUAUUGGAACAAUCUUCAACUACUUCAUCUUCCGCUAUAGAAAGAAAUGGUGGCAGAGAUACAACUAUGUCCUAUCAGCAGCACUUGAUGCUGGAGUUGCCUUCAUGGCUGUGCUUCUUUACUUUGCAUUAGGCCUGGAGAACAAGAGUAUUUCAUGGUGGGGAACACAGGGUGAGCAUUGUCCACUGGCAACUUGUCCAACAGCUAAGGGCAUAGUGGUGAAGGGUUGCCCUGUACACUGAUCAGCAUUGUAAGUAAUAGCAUGUCCUGGUUUGCUAUCCAAGUUAGAACAAAAUUGUUGCUCUAAACCAUUUAAUGUUCUACAAAAGAGAAAAGGUGAUGCUCAAUUCAAAUUCCAAGUAAAAUCUGUACUGCUAUGUGGGCUGGUUCAAUCCUGUCAUAUACUGAAAAUGUUAAAUUUUUGUGUG